AUGUCAAAGGCUGGGUUGAUCUCCUUCCGAGCUCAUGGAUCCCCUACGUUCAGCUUUGCCGUCUGUCCGCCAGCCGCACUUCUUCUCAUAUGCUUCCCGCACAUGUUCGGCGUUCUUCACGCAGCCAUCAUCCACGGGUAUCCCAUCUUCCAUGUGCUACGCGUUUCCCUGGUCCUCCUCGGCGGCAGUUUCUUUUGCAACAACGCCAGCCAUGCCUGGAAUGAUCUCAUCGAGGCCCCAAUAGACGCCCUCAUCGAGCGCACACGCACGCGCCCUAUUCCGCGGGGAGCGGUAUCACGGACCGCUGCACUGCUCUUCACCAUCACGCAAGCACUUGGUGCUGCGGCCUUUUUGCUCCUUCUACCGGCUGAGGCUGCCAUAGCUGCGAUUCCCAACAUCGCCGGCACUGCCUACUACCCCUUUUCCAAACGACACAGCUAUUUCCCGCAGUUGGUUCUUGGAUUUUGCCUUUCUUGGGGCAUAUUGGUUGGGGGUUCGGCCCUCGGGGUCGCCAAGAUAUGGAUGGAUACGUCGACCUUGUGUCUGUUGACAGCGUCCAUCUCGUGGGUGGUGAUAUUCGACACCAUCUACGCGCAUCAGGAUCUUGCCGAUGACGUCAAGGUGGGCGUUAAGAGCACCGCUGUGCUGUUUCAAAACCACUCCAGGGCGUUCCUCUGGUGUCUUGUCAUUGGCAUGAGCGCUUCACUGGUAGCCUCGGGAUACUAUGGGCACAUGUCACUGCUGUACUAUGUGUUUGCUGUGGGCGGAUCUCUCUGGUCUGUGGCUACCAUGGUGAUGAGCGUCGAGCUGAACGACCCGGCUAGUUGUUGGAAGUGGUUCUCCCAGGGGUUUUUGCUAACAGGGUCCGCCAUUCUGUGUGGUCUAGUGAUGGAAUUCGUGGCACGGCGUGAGGAGACCAGUGAUCUCUGUUCUUGA